AUGUUUUUUGCUGCUACUACUGUUUUCAUGACAAAAGCAAGCUCCGUGAUCGGUGAGUGUUAACCAGAGCAGAACAAAAUUUCUUAAUCCUAAUCUUUCAUACGUGCAUGUGUUUUGUGGAAUCUCACGUACGGCUUCUUUUUUUUGAAAUUUCAGAUGUGACUCAUAACUUGAAACAUAAAACAAAACAAACCGAAACAGUCUGAAGUGAUUAACGUUGUGUUUUUGUUCUAGAUUCGACGACUCAUGUGAUCACUGAUAAGUGAUAUGAAACAUUCUAUGUUGUCCCUGAAAACAAUCGCCGCUCACUUCACGACUCUUCCGUGUCUCCCUCUGCCGACCGCUGCCGACCACUGCCGAUCUUCAAAUUCAGAGUAAUCUCCUCUUCUCUCAAGUUUUUCUUCGUUUUCUUGCUCUCCUAGAAAACCGAAAAGAAUUACUCAGAAGAAAGAAGCUGCUCAAAUCUCUGCCCGUCAAAGCGUACGUGCUGUUGGGCAGCAAUCGUGUGUCGGCGGCGUCGUGGACGGCAUUUCCAUCGAUUUGCGCCGGCCGUCGAGGCACACGCAGUUGGCCCAUUUUCGCGCGACGCGGCCGCCCGACUCGCUCCUCUCACUCGCUCUGUUCGCCUCAUUGCUGGGCCCCCAGUCGGGAGAGUGGGCGCCAAAGAAACACUCUCGACGUGCAUAGUCUAUUGCUUUGCUUCUACGGCUCCAACGACUCGAGGGACCUCAACGGAAAUGGAAAUGACGGAGCGCUCUGCAACAACAAAGGUCAGUCCUUUCACAUUCGCAGCCUCUUGCAGUGUUUCUCCGGCCUCAAUUAUUUGUUGAUAAGAAUGCCUUCCUUCCUUCCUCCCAUCCACGAAAACUUUUCGGGCGUCUCAAAGUUCUCCUGUUUCCACUCUCUUCGCUUUCGCCUCUCCGCUCAAUGUACUCUUUUCUACUCGGUCAGAGUUUACACACGAGUAUGUGCGUUCGGUUCGCGAGCGCAGAGUGUGUGUGUGUGUGUGUGUGUGUGUGUGUGUGUGUGUCGAAGUGUAAAAAACAAAAUCGAUCGUCGUUGGCAGUGGGCGGUCUCUGGCCAUCGCCGCUCGGUUCGCGGUUGCGGCCUGUUUGCAUCAUGGGUCGCUGGGGCCUCGCUCUCACACGAGAUUACUCUGCCGCCUUAAACUUGUGAGAGCUGCCCAUCUUUCUCUUCUUUUAUUGAAUAUUGCGGGCAGCUCUUUUCUCUCCUUUUUUGCGUUUUUUUCGCUCGCGGCUCCAGCUAGUUGUUUACUGCGCGCGAGCGCGUAAUCCGAUUUCACAUUCUCCAUGGUAACGUGCUCUCAAUUCGCAAAAACCAGCCAAACAUGAUAACCAAAAUGUGUUUUCAGACGACGUUUGGCAAAGAUGUCUGGCUCUGGAAAUGGCGCGGGUGUGGGACACGCAGGAGGAGCCGGCGGAUCGAUUCGUGAAGCUGGAGGAGCCCUCGGAAUGCUUGGAGCCACGAGGGAAGAGGAGUACUUCCGAAAGCAACAAAAGGAGCAAUUGGAUGCCCUGAAGUCGAAGCUGGAGGCUGACAUAUCCCAACGUCAGAGAGAACUGCAGGAUCACGAUAAGGUGCGUGGCUGUCUGACCAUCUUCGUGGUCACAUGGCAAGCGCCGAAACUCUUAUCACUCAAAGUGGCGUGUUCUAGAAGUGACUCGACGAGGGUUUACUCUCAAAUCUCUUUACACAAUUGACCUUGAUAUGCCAGACUCGACCGACGAGAGAGUCGUGUGAAGAGAUAGGCGGCCAGUGGAUCUCACAAACAAUCUUUCGUCCUCCCCUGGUUAAUUUCACUUUGCAGGUUCUCGAACAUCAUCAACAACGUUUGGCGGAAAUUGAGGCAGCCCGUGGAGGCACUGACAAAAAAUAAAUGCCCACUCUUUCGGAAGAGCUCCUUCUCUCGCUCUCCUCUUUUCUGUCUUUAUUUCUUUUUCAUGCAUAGACCUUGCCUGACCUCUCUUAUUCAUUUCUCUCUUCCUAUUGCAUCAUCUGACUGCACAUGUUUUCUCGACCAGUAAACAUGCUAUCUUCUUUUUUUAGUUUUCUUUUGUUAUCAUUCAUUUUGAAUCGCUAUUCGAUCGUCGUACCUUUUUUCGUGCCGCUUAGUUUCUAGAGACUGAUUGUAGAACUUAGUUUUUUUCAGCCAUGUCGAAGCCAAGUGUCGGAAUCAACGGAUUCGGAAGAAUCGGACGUCUCGUCCUCCGCGCCGCCGUCGAGAAGGACAGCGUCAACGUCGUCGCUGUUAACGACCCGUUCAUCUCCAUCGACUACAUGGUCUACCUUUUCCAAUACGACUCGACCCACGGACGUUUCAAGGGAACCGUCGUCCACGAGGGAGACCAUCUCCUUGUCACCAAGGACGGCAAGUCCCAGCACAAGAUCAAGGUGAGAGAGUCAAUAGCAAAAAAAUCAAAAAUGUUUAAUUUUCAGGUGUACAACUCGAGAGACCCCGCUGAGAUCCAAUGGGGAGCCGCUGGAGCCGACUACGUCGUUGAGUCCACUGGAGUCUUCACCACCAUCGAGAAGGCCAACGCUCACUUGAAGGGAGGAGCCAAAAAGGUAUAAAAAGGGAAUGUGGCAAACCUGAACAUGCAUUCAUUUUAAGGUUAUCAUCUCUGCUCCGUCGGCCGACGCCCCGAUGUUCGUCGUCGGAGUCAACCACGAAAAGUACGAUCAUGCCAAUGAUCACAUCAUCUCAAACGCCUCGUGCACCACCAACUGCUUGGCCCCACUCGCCAAGGUUAUCAACGAUAACUUCGGAAUCAUCGAGGGUCUCAUGACCACCGUCCAUGCCGUCACCGCCACCCAGAAGACCGUCGACGGACCAUCCGGAAAGCUCUGGAGAGACGGUCGUGGAGCAGGACAAAACAUCAUCCCGGCCUCCACCGGAGCCGCCAAGGCCGUCGGAAAGGUCAUCCCGGAGCUGAACGGAAAGCUCACCGGAAUGGCCUUCCGUGUCCCAACCCCAGACGUCUCCGUUGUCGAUCUCACCGCUCGUCUUGAGAAGCCAGCUUCCCUUGAUGACAUCAAGAAGGUCGUCAAGGCUGCCGCCGAGGGACCACUCAAGGGAGUUCUCGCUUACACCGAGGACCAGGUCGUCUCCUCCGACUUCAUCUCCGACACCCACUCGUCCAUCUUCGACGCUGGAGCAUCCAUCAUCCUCAACCCACACUUCGUCAAGCUCGUCUCGUGGUACGACAACGAGUUCGGAUACUCCAACCGUGUCGUCGACCUCAUCUCCUACAUCGCCACCAAGGCUUAA